CAGCGCGGCAUCGACUAUAAAACAGUUUGCUGCUGCCAAUUGACUUUUGUUUUCGUUUGCGUCUGGUCUCGUCUGGUUGUCUGCUUGGACAAUUCGGCGACUACAGUAUAGAAACCGUGUGCUGUGCAGUGUUAUUCCAAAUAGCAAGCAAAGAUGAAAGUCACACUGGCAUUAGCGACUUUCUGCGUGGUGGCAGCCUGCAGCCAUGCGGCCAGAACCACCACAACCACAGCGACCAAGCCGGGUCGCUUCCUCUCACUGCCCGUGCCCGCCAAGUGCGCUAGCCGUCCCAAGGAGUUCUCCUACCGCGGCAAAAACAUGUUCCUAACCACCCACGUGCCCGCCCUGGCCAACAAGAAGGUCGACUGGCUGGAUGGCCGCAAUCUGUGCCGCGAGUACUGCAUGGAUUUGGUCGCUUUGGAGACCCAAGAGAAGAACAACCUGAUCUUCCGCGUGAUCCAGCAGAACGAUGUGCCGUACAUCUGGACGGCCGGACGUAUCUGUGACUUUGCCGGCUGCGAGAAUCGUCCGGAUCUGGAGCCCAAGACCGUCUACGGAUGGUUCUGGUCCGCAACCCGCGAGAAGAUCCAGGCCACCAACCGCAUCCCACAGGGCUGGGGCUACAACCCCUGGUCGCAGACCGGACACAAGAAGCGCCCGCAGCCGGACAACGCCGAGUAUGACAUCAACCAGACCAAGGAACAGUGCCUGUCCGUGCUGAACAACGUGUACAACGAUGGCAUCGCCUGGCACGACGUGGCCUGCUACCACGAGAAGCCCGUCAUCUGCGAGGACAACGAGGAGCUGCUGCGCUAUGUGGCGGCCACGAAUCCCGGAAUCCGUCUAUAAGGCGGCACGCUGGGCGUUCGCUGUUUGCCUAAUUUUAAAGCUACUUAUUAUAAUAUUCCUUAAACGAGUUUUUGUAUCAUUUUUGUUUGUAUGUGUACGACGAAAACGGAAGAAAGCAAGACAAAUAGACUUUAGAAUUUACAAAUUUCCGAUCUUACCACCUAUAAUACUGUCAUCAAAUCCCCAACCCCCAAAUCCCAGCACCCAGUGUCACUUUCCCUUUUCUCGUUUCAAAACUGCCAAUUUUACGCGUAGAAUUCUAUUCCGUUGUAAUCAAUUGAGUCGUUUUCGGACCGCACUUGAAACUAUUUAUAAGCAAUCUUAAAUUGCGAGUGUAUCUCUGUCCCUCUGAUUUCCAUCCUAGCAAGAAAUUCGGAAUCUCUUUAGUAUUUUGUUUGAGACACUCACUCAUGUUUUGCGCACAAAGAGAUUGAAUUAAAUUUUGUAAAGAUCCCAUUAAACAAACCUUAAAUGAA